ACUUCCUUUCCUCUUCAUGGUCCAUGGGCAUCAUGUCACUGGGACGUCUGUGCAGGAGGCCAGUGGAUGCUGUCUGCCAUCUGGUGGCAGCCGCCAAGGUCUAACAUGACAGAGGCUCCCUGGGGACCAGGCUGCUUGUGUUCAGGCCAGUUUCUGCACCUGACAUAUGGCUGCUCAGCUAGGGGAGCAGGUCUUGGCCCCACCUUCUCAAAACCACCGUCCCUCCUGUGGGAAGUCCCAGCUCAGGAAGGGAGAUGCUGUUUCCCAGGAAGUCACCGAGUGUGGAAGAUGGAUGUUAGAAGAAUUGCCACCCCCUCCCCCCAGCCUCGGGGGCUGCAAGACCCCUGUGUCUUCCCCACGGGGUGCUCCCCCAGGAGCGAUGGAGGAAACGCCACCAUCACACAUCCAUGGAGAACAUGACAGUCGGUCCCUGGGCCAUGGGAAAACGAAGUGCACUCUGCCCCCUUCCCAUUUCCAGCCCUGCUCUGUAGCCACAGCUGAUCCCCCGUGCAACUUCUCUCUCAGACUCUGGUUGGCGCAAACCCGCCAUCGCUCUGAUCCUGAUUCAAAUUACCAGACGAACAGAGGAGGAAGUUUUCCCCCUGAAGGAAUCUUCCACUGAAGUGGGUUUCAAUCCAGGAUAUGUCGGAACUGCUCUCUUAUGCAUAAAAUACUAACCACAGGGCUCGAAGAGGCUUCCUGCCCGCCUCAAGAACACAGGCCGCACCUGGGGCUGGGGAGCACAGCUCUACAGGGCCAAUGGCCAGAGAUACUCAGAGCCAGCCCAGGCUUCUGGGAUGCUCUCCCAAGGUUCAUCCAAGUUGAACCCAGGCCAUGGGUUAAUGCCAGCACGCUCUGUGCCUGAUCCUGCUUUUACCCCAUGAGUGCCCAAUCUGAGCCUAAGCAGAAAUCCAAAUCCACAUCCAGAAGAAACAAAGCUUUGCCAGGAGUUUGCCAGGUUUGCCUGGGAAUACCUGAGAAUUAUCUGAAACAAGCUCUGAGCAGCAAGACUGAGCUCCAGCCCUUGCAAACCGCCCUAUCCAGUGUCCCAUUCCACACCACCUGCCCCGUUCAGAAGAGUGGGGUACAGGUGCUUACAUGUCUUUUUUUUUUCCUUUCUCUGUCCUCAGUCCUCUGGGGACUGCAGUUUUCCAAGGAGAGAAGAUGACCCCUAGUGCCAGAAAUUCCAGGCCCCAGAGCGAACAUUCUGGUACCAACAUUGAAAUUAAGUUUUUAAAAGUCCCAGGAUAAAGCAUUCCAGUUGCAAGGCUUGAGGAUGACAGGUGUUGGAGCAACAAACCCCUCUCAGGGAUUGAGAACACUUGGCAUUUUAUCUGGUGAGGCGAGAAAGGCUUUUCUUAGGAAAAUUCCUAAACUUUCUCGAAGAGCCCAGGCUCUGAGGUUGGAUAAACAAAUGCCUCAAGAGCCAGUGUCCUCCAGGGUUUGAUGUUUCCCUGGGCGCUGCAGCUGGGCCGAUGCGGAUGUGGGGAGGCAGGGCCCAGCUUUGCCCAUGUGUAGUCCAUCCGGAGAAGAGCCCCUACGGCCGGAAAAGGAGACAUCCCUGAGUCACAGGGUAUGGGCUGAAACUGCCCCUUAUGCCCAUGGCUUGCACAAGGUUUACGCACAGUCCCAGAGCAAGGGAGCUGGAUGUGUGCAUGCAGCAUUUUCAGGCAAGCACACGCCAGGUCCUUCCAUUCGGAGCAGCAGUAACAGGGGCAGGAAAGACUCAGUAAAGAAAGCAUUGAAUUCCUCUAAUCUUUCGCCGACUGGCAGAUCAUCCGUCCGGGGUCACACUCUGUCCUUGAAAGACAGAGUGUGGCUCUGGGAUGCCGGUGGGGGGAGGGGGCCGAAGAAGAUAACCAACAUGGUUCACGACAAGAAUGAAUGAAACACACUUGCUGUUCCUGAAACGUCAGGCUUUACCAUCUCCGACAACAGUCGCCGGUACCCUGUCCUGUCUCCAAAAAAGGUGUUUUUAGUUCAUGGAUGGAAAUGUCAAAGAGUGGGAACCAAGCUGAAGUGCUGCUUCUGACAGCCAGGCCCUCUCGGCCCAAGGAGGGGAGCUCAAUGACCCUGACCUGUGAGGCACAGGCCGCUUCUUGGAAGCCAGACGCCCAGCCCCAGUUCUGUUUCUUCAGAGACAGCCAGGCCCUGUGGCAGGGCUGGAGCAGCUCCCCAGAGCUCCAGCUCCCCACUGUGUGGAGGGAAGACUCGGGGUCCUACUGGUGUGAAGCAAAGACCUCAGAUCUCAGAGUCGCUCGGAGCCCCAGGAUUCAGAUACAGGUGCAAGACAACGAUGCGUCCAUGGUGCCAGGAAGAGGAUGUGGAGUACCCCCAGAAGGAGUCCCUGUCUGGAAUGUGAGCUUGGAGACACAGCCUCCAGGGGGACAAGUGCAGAAGGGAGAGAAGCUGGUUCUCGUCUGUUUGGCCACCCAGGGCACAGGAGACAUCACCUUCUCCUGGUACAAAGGGGCCCUGGGUUUGAACCUGGAAACGAAGACCCAGCGCUCGUUGGCCGCGAAGUUUGAGAUCCCGGCAGUGACAGAGAGUGACACAGAGAACUACUACUGCAUGGCUGACAACGGCUAUGGCCCCAGCAUCAGCGAGCUGGUGAGCGUCACCGUCAGAAGUCCGGUGUCUUACCCCGUCCUCACCCUCAGGGCGCCCGGGGCCCAGGUCUUCCCUGGGGACGUGGUGGAGCUUCGCUGUGAGGCCCACAGCGGCUCUCCCCCGAUCCUGUACCGGUUUUAUCACGAGGAUGUCACCCUGGGGAGCAGCUCGGCCCCCUCUGGAGGAGGAGUGUCCUUCAACCUCUCUCUGACCACAGAACAUUCUGGAAACUACUCCUGCGAAGCCGACAACGGCCUGGGGGCCCAGCGCAGCGAGGCGGUGCCACUCAACAUCACAGUGCCUACGGAGGACAAGAAGGAACUUCUCGCCUCAGAAAUCCUUGAAGGGCUGCUUGGCACCCUUGGUCCCACCAUUAUGGCCCUAUUGCUCUGCUAUUGGCUCAAGAAAAGAAUAGGAAGACGUCUGGCCAGGGACCCGUGCAGGAGCCCUCCCAGCCCCACGCCACAGGUGUCCAACUACAUCAACUCAGCUGCCCCACUGCAGGAACAGUCUGUAUAUGAAAAUGUGAACGUCAUAAGCGGGGAAGAGGUCUACUCUUUGGUGUACCAUACGCAACAGGAGCGGCAAGCCGCGGUAGAACCCCGGAGGACACAUACCACGGACCAGGAUGCUUCAGCCAUCUAUUUUAGGCUGAAGAAGGCAAGUGUUGCAGAUGUGGACUAUGAAGACGCUAUGUAAAGUUCUGGAAGAUUCUGCUCUUGGGAAACCAUCCAUGACCCCAAGCCUCAGAACCAGUAUGUUCUUCAGGGAUCCUGGGGUAGUCUGCUUUCCAGGACUUCUCAUCCAGGUGCUUACCCCCCAGAGACUAUUCCUGCAUCUACCAUGAAACGGAGGUGCUUCUAGCCCUGAAGAAACCACCCAAAGAACCACAAUGAAUGCAGGGGUGGGACCCGACUCCUACUGGUUGUUUUAGACACAGGUCAAAUUGUGCUCUAGCUUCCUUCUCUGAGAGGAAACAGGGUGGGUGACCUUGGGGUGGAGGGACAGUGAAGCUCACUCAGAGUGCAUGGACACAAGGUUAGCAAUUCUGCUGGGCAGCUGCGCACAGAGAUGGGUACAUGUCCUCUUGUCCAAGUACAGACAAGCUCUGCACUGAACUCCAGAACAGAACUCCAGCCUCGACAAUUACAUGACUCAUCCUGUUUCUGCAUAAAAUUUGUGACUCAGUGCAUUUGGGGUCACUGCUCCCAAAUUAGAAUUCAAACAAAGUUUCGUAAAGUUACUAUGGGUACAUUCAAUCUUAGUGACAUAUUUUGUAUGCACAAACUAACCUAGAUGCCCCCAUAUUUGUAACGAGAUACAAUCUUUGUAAGUUUCACCACACCCAAAGUUCUGUAUUUGUUGCACCCCUAGAAGCUUUAUGAAUAUAAUUUUUCUUCUUUUAUUCACAAACUUUAAAAAAUGUGGCAAUACAA